GUCGCCUCCAGGAGUGGGGUGAGCUGCUGACUAAGGAGACAAGAAACCCUACUCAGCUGGAAUGCGUCUCAUGAAACAUGGUUAAAUUGUCUUUAAACUUUACACUGUAGCACACAUACUGUAAAACAGAAACUACAGUCAGUUCUUUCCGUGAGUGUAUCUUGAAUUUUGAAACUCGCUAGGGUUUGCUGCCGGCACUUCAAUCAUGGAGGAUUCCGAUACAAGCGCGAUUCUUCCUGAGGACCCCGAGUCGUCCGAUCAGCAGUUCGGCUCGAAGAACAACUGUUGUUUACCGAAUGGGUCCACUUGCUCAAAAACGCCGCCGUAUUCUUGCCCGUUUUCGAUUUCAGUUGAGCCCGUGCUCUUUCUCAAUAUGUUUUCGUUGGCUCUACAGAUGCCUCUCUACACACAAUACCUGUGGGAUCGUUUCAGCGAACAUGUUGGCUAUAACGGAACCAAAUCAGGGGGAUGUGGCAAUUCGUCCGAGCCCCAUGACCCACUUCAGAAGGAGGUGGAGACUUUGACUGCCCAUUGGAACCUGUACAUCAGUUUGGGGGGCUUUUGUGUGGGCCUCAUAACCGUGACGUUACUAGGUUCUUGGAGUGAUCGCGCAGGUCGGCGUGUGGUCCUCAUCGUUCCCAGUCUAGGUUUGGCAAUUCAGGCCACAGUGUACCUGAUCGUAAUGUACAUGAAGCUGCCGGUUGGCUGGUUCCUCUUUGGGAGACUGUGCAGUGGCCUGUCUGGGGACUUUAAUGCCAUACUGGCUGCUUGCUUUGCAUAUGUGUCAGAUAGGAGUGACCGGGUUUCACGCACUUUCCGUGUGGCAAUACUGGAGGCCUGUUUGGGGCUGGCCGGCAUGUUUGCCAGCAUCAUUGGUGGGAAGUGGCGCCAUGCACAAGGGUAUAUAAACCCCUUUUGGCUAGUACUGGCCACAAACUUAGCUGCAGCCCUCUACGCCUACCUCUUUGUGCCCGAAUCUCUUACUCCAGACCCCGAAUCAAAACUGUUCUCCACCCAACACCACCGUGCGGUUAUCCGCCUCUACGCGACCGACAGGGAGGGAGGCCGGCGGCUGAAGCUUUGGCUCUACACCCUCUGCUUCUUUGUCGUGGUCUCCGUCCACUUCGGCAGUCGGGACCUGUACGUGUUGUAUGAGCUGAGUUCUCCUCUGUGCUGGGGCUCUGAGCUGAUUGGCUAUGGCUCUGCGGCUCAGCACCUGACCUACCUGACCAGCCUGGUGGGGCUCAGGACCAUGCAGAGGUGCUUGGAGGACUCUUGGGUAGCCAUAAUUGGACUGGUCUCCAACAUCUCCAGCCUGGUGGUCAUAUCCAUAGCUAAUACCACAGCUCUUAUGUUCACAGGAUAUGGACUGUGCUUCCUCUUCAUGGCCUCCACAGCGGUUCUGCGAUCAAAACUGUCAAAGUUGGUCGACCCCUCCGAGCUUGGGGCCCUGUUUGCCUCGGUAGCGUGUGUGGAGGGUCUGUGUUCACUGGUGUCCAGCGGGGUUUUUAACUCCUUGUAUCCUGCCACCUUACACUUCAUGAAGGGAUUUCCUUUCCUCUUUGGGGCAAUUCUCCUCCUUAUCCCCGCUGUGAUAAUCGCUACUUUGGGCUGUCAGGAACGAGGGAUGAACAGUAGAGAAACAACAGAGGAGAACUGUGUAGAAUCCUGACCUUCUUUCACUGUAAGGAUGUGGAAGCCCAGAGGGACUGGGGCCUUGGUGACAGCUUGUCUCACUUCCUGCACUGACACAGGUGUUCCUGGCAACACUGGGCCACUAAGAAAAUUCAGCUGAACUGAACCGAAGACACAAGACAAGGGAACCAUAAAUUACGUCACCAAAUAUGACAGAGCUCUCCGCUCAUGUGCAAAGGAUUAUUUCAGUGUUAUUUUCCUUGUAUUUGUAUUCACAAGUCAGAAAUUGUAUUACUCGUAAGGGCCAGUUUGAUAACAAACAGCAGACAGUGAUAUGGUUAAUGAGCUGGUUGUUAAGCAGUUGUGAGAAUGAACGAGUGCCCCCAAUUUAUACAUUUCUCUAUCAGCUUAAUGUGUGUGCUUAAUAUCUGCAUACAUAGUAUUGUUCAAGAGAAAUCUGACUCAUAAUUUCUGGGAAGACACCAGCACUUAAAUGCUGCCUCGGUACUUUUAAUGGAACAUUUAUAUAAAUAUAGCCCUGGGCGUUUUAUGAUGCAGGUAUUAUAAUAUAGGCGAGGAUGUUUUCCUUGCUCUCGUGUUGAUUAAUACUGAUUUCUCCUGGCCUAAGUGCCAGCGCACACAAAAAGGAACCAGGCAGAAACAAAAUAUCAUGUACUUUUGCAUUUCAUGGCCUACGUACAAUAAUUAUUUUAAUGAUUUUUUUUAUUGAUUAUUCAUUGACUU